AUGGGCUGGUUCCCGACAACGCUUGAUUCCGAUGCGCAGAGCUGGCGGUUCGAUAUCGUCUCUCUUUUAGCCGUUAUCGGAGGGUCAUCCAUCGAAAAGCAUAAGCAAGCCAUUACAGCAUCUACUUUUGCCGGAUUUCCGCGUAUCCUACCAGCCCCCGAAUCGCUCAUAGAUACCGAUCGGCCCACGCGACUCCCGUCCGUCAAAGAAGUCAACAUCAUCGGCGUCUACUCCGGCACGCGCUUCACGGAACUUAAUUUCUUUGCCAACGUCAUCCAUAAGCUCGAGGAGCUCGAGGAAUUCGAGUUUCGUUCCUACGAAAUCACAUACGGCAAGAAGAAGGCGGAUGUUGAGAGAGAAGGAAGGCCGGACAGCAAAAAUACAGUAACCAUCCCGUUACGGACGCUGUGUCCAUUGAACCUGGUGACCUUGAUCUCGAUCCUAAUGACCAUCGGACUCUUCAUCUGGGCUGGUAUGAUCCAUGACGGCGUGGCUCUCGUCGGCCUUGCAGCCAUGUCUCUGUCCACCAGUUCUGCCUGUCUUUCUGCGCAGUGGUAUCCGAGACUAGCAACCAGGCCCACGAAAACCCAAGUACUUGACGGAGAUAUUGUCAUGAAGACGCGUCAUGGAGCGUUCGUGGUGGUCAAAUGUGCCGAGGAGAUAACAAGAGAGCUGUACGGUGGAGCAGAGAGCUGCCGUUAUGUAUUCCAGGGUCGAGCCCACCAGGUGCUCCUGGCCUGCAGUACAGUCCUACUCAUGGCGUCGAUCAUCCUAUUCAGUAACUGCGGGUGGACGAUGCAAAUCGCCGUCGGUGCCGCGUACAUCAUCCUCAAUAUCCUGUACUGGGCCCUAGCUCUGCUGACCGAACCCCAAGACACAUGGGACAUGAGCCGAUUUAUUGUAAAGCAAACGGAACAAAAAGUGACGAGCAGCUACACUAGAGCUUUGUGGGAAGCUAUUCGUGAGACCAGGAAGGUCGAAUGGGUCUGGAAGGGUGAGGACUUGGCUCCUAAAACAUCUGCCUGGGAUAAAUGGCUAAAGCAGGCUGGUGUUGAAUGCCAAAAGCCAGAAACCGACUGGGACCCAGAACCAAUCCUGUCAGAGAGCCACUACUGA